AUGAGAAUGGACGUCGGUACCAUGCACAUGGAGAAUGUGACAUAUUUUCUCCCCAAUGAUGAGUCCGAACUCGAUCGUCUAGACCUCUACCAUCACAUCUGUACACUAGUCAUCGACGGAGAAUUGUACCUGGCACCGAUUGGUAAGGCGCCUCAACGGAUUCUAGACAUAGGAACGGGCACUGGUAUCUGGCCGAUCGAAAUGGGAGAUAUUUUCCCUUCAGCUGAGAUUAUUGGAAAUGAUCUGAGUCCAGUCCAGCCAAAAUUUGUCCCACCGAACGUUUCAUUCGAAGUCGACGACAUUGAGCAGGAUUGGGCGUACAGUCACCCCUUCGACUAUAUCCAUUGUCGAUAUAUGGCAGGCUCAGUCAAAAAUUGGCCACGCCUCGUGGAGCAAGCAUUUCAGCACACCAAGCCCGGCGGCUGGGUCGAAUUCCAAGAUUUCGAAAUGCGAUGGUACACGAACAGUGGGGUCUUCAAACCGGGCUCACCUCUCGAUCAAUGGUGCACGGAGAUAAUCGAAGGCGUGAAAAGCAUCGGAAUGGAGCCUGAGCCGGGACCGAAGCUCGAAGGCUGGGUCCGUGAUGCAGGAUUCACCAAGAUCAAACACCAACUCUUCGCGAUCCCGACAGGGACGUGGCCGAAGUACAAAAAACUCAAGGAGAUUGGUGCCUUCGACCUCGUCCAGUUCCUCGAUGGCAUGGAGAAUAUCUCCAUGCGUGUCUUAACGUCGUUGAGGGGUUAUACUCAGGAAGAAGUCAUGGUGCUGCUCGCCAAGUUGAAGAAUGACCUGCGAAAUCCGAGGCUGCAGGUUCAGCAUAAUUUUCAUGUAGUAUAUGCACAGAAACCCCUAGAACCGGGCACUGGAUGA